AGAUCUAGUAUGCCCGCGAAGACUAAACAGUGCGAAAAAUCACAAGUACUGUAAUUUCCCUUCCUACUUUGCUUGAGUUGAAAAUAGAUAUCACUACUUCCCGCCUUUCGCUUGUGGAAGAUAUCGCUCGCUACCACAAUAGGCACAUGUGCGCUACUUGUGCUUGCGAGCAGAUAGAUAGCAUAGAAAAACUGAUUUCAGCAGCGCUCGGAAGAGAGGCAAACAAUGCCAAGCGGCGAAACAAGCCUUUGUCCAACAAACCUUCAUUGUGGUGAAUCUCGUACGGCAAAACUGAGCCUGGAUUGUAGGGCAGUAGUCAGUUCAGAGUGGAGAUUUCUUUUUGUAAUGUCUCUUUCCUGUCUGCGUGACGAAGGUGGACGGCAUUUCUGAGAUUCAGGGCAGGAUUCUCCACGAGUAGCGUAGUACUAAGUAGAUAGCAGUACUUACAGCCUGGUACUGUAGUAGUCCAGUGGCUGUGUGGGUGGACUGGUGGUGGUGGUGGUGGUGGACAAGUCAGCAGUGUGUGUACUGACUGUGUGACCCUGCUAGAGCUACUCGCACACAAGUAAUUCCCUUUGCUGUAAUCGUUAACCGUCCCGUGAUCAGUGACCAAGUCUGGCACCUUGUUGUCCAGAAGAACCGGGGUGUGAGGAUGCUGCUCAGGCGGCUGCUGAUGCAUCGGGCGCGCUUACGAGAAGAGCACGCAUCAUGCUGGAGUCUACUACUCUCUGCCAUAGUGCUGUGCGCGUUAGCCAGUGUGCGUGAAACGGCCGCGUUCGACUUGAGGGUGAACCCGACCUUUCAGGCGCAGAAUUUUGGCGAAGCUAAAGGUGAGGUCCAGUUCAUCCAGAACGGUUCGGAGACACCGACCCUAUUCGCAAUCAACAAUGGUUUUGCUUCAUUCGCCGCACGCUACACACACAACGUUAUGGACUGGCGGGUGUACGAAGGGGAGCUAGUGACGUACUCGAUGAUGCUGUGGUCUGAAAACUAUUCCAUAAUGGGUCAGCCGUCGCCAGAUAUCCCUCUCAGCGGCAACCUGACCAACACCAAUUACACCACGUUUAGAACAGAGAUGCCGUGCUUGAACGUGGACGGAACCACCUACAUCGUCGUUAAUUUGCUCUACCAGGUCUACGAACUGAACGACAUCACAGACGAGUAUGAGUUAUGGAUAUCGGAUGGAAACGCGACCCUCAGGAUCCGGAGAGUUUGCAAGAUGAAAGAAGUGGAAGCGACGCCCCCACCCGAUGGAGAAGAUUCAUUUCCACUGAAUCUGGUCAUCGGUUGCAGCAUUGGUGGUCUUGUGCUGAUACUACUGGUGAUCUUGAUGCUUGUAACAUGCUACUACAAACGCUACAACCGACGACUGAAGAGGCUCCGUGACCAGACGGCGGCGCAGGAACUAAUGAACGAAAACUCUCAGUAUGAAGGAGGUCGUGUACCGGGCACUGGUUAUAGUGGGUACACACGAACGGAAGGCUCAGGGCUAAUGCCACUGGAACAAGAGGAAGUGACGCGUGUCAUGGUGAAGCUACGUCAGGAGUGGACGGAAACCCUGGAUGGGUUCCUGCUACCUCGUGACAUCAUCAGUUAUGGCAAGGAAAUUGGCCGAGGUGCUUUUGGCCGAGUGCUGAAAGGAUCAAUUGUCUACGGGGAUGCAGAGCGCGAGGUGGCUAUCAAAACCCUGAAAUCUGUAUCGGCACAGAGCGAUCUCUAUGAAUUCCUAGAAGAGGCCGUCGUCAUGAAAGAGUUUGAUCACCCGAACGUGGUGGCACUGAUGGGGGUUUGCAUUGAAGGUGACCAGCCGCCCAUGGUAUGCCUGGAGAUGAUGCACAAUGGGGACUUACGCUCGUACCUGCGCCGCUCCCGGGGCCUUGAACCCCAGCAUGGCCCCGUUGGGGAAAUGUCUGUGGCUCAGCUGUUGGAAUUCUGCGCCAUGAUACUCGACGGAAUGACGUACCUAUCCGCCCAGAACUUUGUCCAUCGUGAUUUGGCUACACGAAACUGCAUGCUGAACAAAGAUCUGAUCGUCAAGAUAGGUGAUUUCGGCCUGGCGCGAGACAUCCACGGCGAAGUGUAUUACGUGAUGGGCACGCCACGUCGUUUGCCCGUCAAGUGGAUGGCGUUUGAAAGCUUGCAGGAUCAAGUCUUCAACUCUAUGACUGAUGUGUGGUCGUUUGGCGUAGUAAUGUGGGAGAUAUUCUCUCUUGGACAGUCACCCUACCCUGGCGUGGACAACAGCGAAAUGAUCGAGUAUCUCAUUUCCGGGAGGCGAAUGGCUAUGCCACCGAAAUGCCCCGAUGACUUCUAUAAUCUAAUGCUGGCCUGCUGGACCAUAGACAAGAAACAUCGGCCGACGUUCAAGCAGCUAGUUCCCAUGCUAGCCGACUACCGUGACGUCUUCUACGAGAACGUGGAGGUGAAGGAGAAUGACCCGAUUGUGUUUGCACGCAUGCACCUGUCUGGUCAAAGUCAAUAUGCGCAGCGGCACAGCUCGAUGUUCAGUACCACUGGUAGUAUUACCACUGUGCAGACAGAGGUGACGUAUGCACCUGACAACGCAACCCAGUACAGUAGCAGUGGUUACGGCUCUGUAGGCUCCGUGGGCUACUAUGCCAAGGCCAAUCGGCCGUCGGACGACUUCCGCAAGCGUGUUAUUAGCAAGGCGGCGGACAACCCUCACUACUCCCCGGUCGGUGGCGGAAUCCAGGAGACGGAAUGCUACAAUCCCAACUAUCACCCCACCGAAGUGGCCGCCAACACGCGCACACCAGCCAAUGGUACCACUACCAGUGUCCGGUAUCCAAUGGUUACGCAUUCGUCAACACCGGCAAAUGCAUCGAUAUCGAAUAGCUCGCCGCCGCGUGGACAACCGGACCUGCCAUCACCGGUGCUGGAGGAAGGAUGGAGUGGUAGCCGGUCUCCACCUGUUGGUGACGUGGGGCGCUGGAGAGACGGUGUGGAGACGCUACCAGGAAGCUCCAUGUCGCCGACACGCAACGCCACCACUGGGAGCAGUGCGCGACGGCCAUCGAUCAACGAGCAACGACGAGCGCGCGUGGAAGAAACCGACCUCUAGUGAAUCGUGUGCACCCCGAUUAGCUGACAGCUUGCCGAGGAUGACUGGCGCGGCGGUGUGUUCUUACUACGUAUGGCGGAGUGUCUGCUGUUGACUGGUGGUAUGGGUAUGCCAUGUGAUGGAGGUCAGCGUGUGUGUGUGUGUGUGUGUGUGUGUGUGUGUGUGUGUGCGCGCGCGCGCGUGAGUUAUCGAUGCUAUAGUACUUCCCAUGAUCCGCCUCACAUCCAGUUGCUACGUGGUACACACCCUGGCGGAAUCGAGCGACCUGUGACUAAGAAAAGGCGCCGGCAAUUGCAUCAGCAUCAUCGGCUGCAGUGACAGACCCCUGACUGUCAUGUUGAGUUAAAUAAUGAUAGAGACAGCCUUCUUGAGAACUUCAAACCCUACUCUGCUCUGCACAAAUCCCUGUUCUUUCCUGCCCCGCUCUGCACCCCCCCCCCCCCCUCUCUCUCUCGCUGCUAUAUUUACGAUCGCUAGAGCAUGUCUGUUACUGCAGAAGUGUCGACGUCACGUGCGUGCGCGUGUGUGUGUAUACGCGUGUGUGUGUGUGUGUGUGUGUGUGUGUGUGUGUGUGUGUGUGUGUGUGUGUACCCAUGCUCUGCACACAUGGAGUAACGGAUUGCUUCUCUCACUAAGAUCCCAUGGAACAUUUCUAGAAGGGCAAUACAGCCAUAGUUAUACCGCUGAGCUGACUGAGUUUAAAUUCCACUUCCGCUGCUGCUGGUGGUGCCUCUGGUGCUGCUGCUGCUUAAGCUGAGAGCCGUAUGAUAAUUUGCUUGGCUGUUGACCUCGAUUCAGGCGCUUUCCGCAACAAUUUUGCUCACUUGCUGCUUGUCAAUUCUCCCCUGAUGAUGAUGUGUGUGUGUGUGUGUGUAUGUGUGUGUGUGUAUGUGUGAGUGUAUGUGUGAGUGUAUGUGUGUGUGUGUGUGUGUGUGUGUGUGUGUGUGUAUGUGUGUGUGUAGUACGUACUUAGCGCUGAGAAUGUGCUGCGUUUUCUCGACGAGCUCAGCAGCAUGCCCUUGUGGUAUUGUCCUACUGCCGCCUUGCUUCUGUGCAUUACAAUCAUUGCUACUCUUUCCCCGCUGUAUUUACUUAUCUGGAAUCACUGAUGAAACACUGUCGAUCAGUCAUGUGAUACAUUCAUUUCUCUCACUCCCUGAGUGUAUCCUCUGUGUGUGCUCCUCUGGCAUUAGAUGUUAUUACCACGCUUA